AAACCAAACAACCCCACCGAACAACCUGUUUCCGCCAAACGCCCAGGGCGAGAAGAAUCAAUCAAUCAAUCAGUAAAAUUUAGGCGUUAAACGAAGCUUGCGAAGAAGACGAAAAUGGCGGAUUUGAUUUUGAGUUCCUCUGCACAGUCCUCUCUCCUUCAGGUCAGACCCAAUCUCUUCCUACUCAAUAGCUCCGUUGCUUCGCCGAUCCGAAGUGUCAGAUUCCUCAAUUCCAAAGGUUUUCAUCCUCUGGCGUUCGCAUCUGGCCAGCGACGACUUCCUCUUGGUGCUGUAGUUCCCUCUGACUCGAAGAAGACGAUCGCCGGUACGAUUACUGCUCACUGUGUUGCUUCGGGAGUCAAAGCUGUUGAAGUUGAGCCUACGAUCGAUUACGGAGGUGGUGGUGGUGGUGGAAUUGGAGGUGAUAAAUUUGGCGGCGGCGGUGGUGGAGGCGGCGAUGGAAAUGAAGACGAAGGAGAUAGUGAUGAGGAGGAGAGUGAUGGGAAGAAGAAUACGCCUUUGUCUAUGUCGCAGAAGUUGACUCUUGGGUACGCUUUUCUUGUCGGAGUUGGUGGACUGAUGGGUUAUCUGAAGAGUGGUAGCCAGAAAUCACUCCUUGCAGGUGGACUGUCAGCUGCUGUUCUGAUGUAUGUGUUCACACAGCUCCCAACAAAACCAGUUCUUGCAUCAACUAUUGGCGUAGUGAUGGCAGGUGCAUUAACGUGGGUGAUGGGAACCCGAUACAUGGGAUCGAAGAAGAUAUUUCCGGCUGGAGUCGUGUCAAUCAUGUCUUUCAUCAUGACCGGAGGAUACAUACACGGUAUCAUGCGCAGCCUUCACUAAGCAGCAGCAGCAGCCAGCACUCUCGAGUCCAAUCUAUUACAAAGUGUCUGACCUUUUUUCUUUCUGUGUGUGUUUCACGGUGUAAAGCAGCUUUUGCUACUUUGUUUUGUAUUGAACCGUAAGAAGAAAAAAAACUACCAAAAUGUUCCAGAGAAAGACCUUUUUACCUU